AUGGCAGAUGAUGAGCAAGAGACCUAUAAGCUAUGGCGAGUGAGGAAAACCAUCAUGCAGAUGUGUCACGAUCGUGGAUACUUGGUAACGCAGGAAGAAUUGGAUCAAACCCUAGAAGAGUUUAAAGAGAUGUUUGGCGAUCGUCCCAGUGAAAGGAAGCCAGCUCGUAGUGAUCUCACCAUUCUUGUUGCUCAUAACGACGACCCAACAGAUCAAAUGUUCGUUUUCUUCCCAGAAGACACAAAAAUAGGAAUCAAGACGAUAAAGGCAAUUUGCCAGCAAAUGCAAGAGCAAACAAUCACGAGAGCGAUUAUAGUGGUUCAAACAGGAAUGACUCCUAGUGCAAAGCAGGCUAUAGCCGAUAUGGCACCGAAGUACAUCCUUGAACAUUUCUUGGAAUCUGAGCUCAUGGUGAAUAUAACGGAGCAUGAACUUGUCCCGGAACAUGUUGUCAUGACGAGCGACGAAAAAGCGGAAUUAUUAGCAAGAUACAAGUUGAAAGACACACAACUACCCCGCAUCCAACUGUCGGACCCCGUCGCCAGGUAUUUCGGACUUAAACGUGGUCAGGUCGUGAAAAUCGUUCGACCAUCAGAGACUGCCGGUCGCUACAUCACUUAUCGACUGGUGGUAUAA